GUAGCCUCACUAAUUAUGUUCUUGUUAGUUAUAGAAGUUGAAGUUGAAGAAGCUGUACCAGAAGUAGAAGACCCCGCAGAAGAAGAUGACGCCAAACCCAAACCAAAGCCAUUCGCUCCACCUGCGGCGGUGCCGAAGUUACCAGAGGGAGGAGACAAAGUCGACUUUGAUGACAUCCACAGGAAGCGUCAGGAGAAGGAUCUGACGGAGCUGCAGUCUCUGAUCGAGGCCCACUUCAUCCAGAGGAAGAACGACGAGGCGGAGCUCGCCGCUCUCGUCACCAGGAUCGAGAAGCGUCGUACCGAGAGGGCCGAGCAGCAGAGGAUCCACGCUGAGAAGGAGAAGGAGAGGCAGGCUCGUGUUGCGGAAGAAAAGGAGAGGAAGGAGCUGCAGGACGCCCAGAAGAGGCAGGACGAUGACUUCAAGAAGAAGAAGGCUCUGACGAACAGGACUCAGCAGUAUGGCGGCGUCCAACAGAGGCAAGAAGGAAAGAAGGGAGCGAAAAAGCAGACGGAGAGAGAGAAGAAAAAGAAGAUCUUGGCAGACAGGAGGAAGCCGCUCGCCAUCGACCAUCUCAAUGAGGAGAAAGCAAAGGAGAAGGCCAGCGAGCUGUGGAAGUGGCUGAUGUCCUUGGAGUCUGAGAAGUUCGACCUCAGCGAGAAACUGAAGAAACAGAAAUAUGAGAUCAAUGUGCUCCAGUCCCGAAUCAGUGAGCAGCAGAAGUUCGCCAAAGGAAGAGGCAAGGCCAAGGGCAGGAGAUAGGAGCACACAUCAGCAGCUCUCCAAGCAAACGUCUGAAAAUGAGCAGUAUUUGAACUUGGAUAACAUUAAUGUAUGUUUAAACAAUAAAUAAAUACUUCUGUGGAGCCUG